CACCACACCAGCAUUCAACUCACUCGUCAUUCACGACAUUCUCAUCAAUAAUCCGUCAGGAAUUGGUUGACUGACACCGCGCAAGCUGACUUGCCUUACCUAUUCCCUUCCCUUCGCUUCGCUUCCCUUACCUUCUUUCUCAGCUCGCCCGGACGCACUUGAGCCUCGACUGAGGCAGUCUUUCUCUUUCUCUCCUUGAUCUCCGCCCUCUCUGUGCUCUUCCACACCCCCACGUACCACCGAAGAACGACGACGACGAAAACACCACCACCACCCCACCUUCGCCAUGGCCACCAACCGGACUCGGCGUCUGCAGAAAGAGAUAGCGGACAUCAUCAAGGACUCACACUCUGGCAUAAGAAUCACUGAUCCGCAGGGAAACAGCGAUAUAUCUGACUUCACCCGCUUCACUGGCUCCUUCACCGGUCCGCCAGACACUCCCUACGAAGGUGGCUUAUAUCAGAUCGACAUCCGGAUAACGGGCGAGUAUCCUUUCAAGCCCCCCGAGAUGAGAUUCCUGACCAAGAUCUGGCAUCCCAAUGUCAGCUCUCAAACGGGAGCCAUCUGCUUAGACACCCUUGGUACUGCUUGGUCGCCCGUCUUGACGCUGAAGAGCGCCCUGAUCUCACUGCAAAGUCUGCUGAGCUCGCCAGAACCCAAGGACCCUCAAGAUGCAGAAGUUGCCAGUAUGCUACUUACGCGUCCCGAGCAGUUCAAACAUGUCGCGAGGGAGUGGGCCAUCUUAUACGCCCAUGCUCCUCCGCCACGCCCCGGUACCGGGAAAGGUGGAGCAAGUAGUUCGUUGGACGAGAAAGAGCAAAAGAAGGCCGAGGACAAGGCGGAAAAGCAGAGAAAGGAAGCUGCACGAGUGGCUAGCUACCAUGGUUACAACCAACGCAUGAUUAACCAGUUCACCGAAAUGGGGUUCGGAGUCGAGCAGAUUGUGGCAGCCUUCGAAUGGGUGGGCAUUGACAAGGCUGAUGGGGAGUACUACGAGCUGGAGGAAGAAUAUCUGGGCGAUGUUACUGCCAAACUGUUCAAUGAGACCUGAUGAGGGCAGAAGACGCUGGACGCGAGCAAUCCUUGGCUUCUCCGAACAGGGAGCUGGACAAGCUGCUCGACAAAGCAGUCGCAGAAGUUGAGCCUGAAAGCUCUUUCGUGGCACGGCCCAUUUUCCACUUUGCACACUUUCCAUGAGGACCGACCCUCACUACCUGAACUUAUAUUAGCGAUCGAACUGUCAAGUAGCAUAGCACGGUACGGCAUGGCGAGGCAAGGCAAGGCGUUGGGGUAACAUGAAUGAUGAAAACUGCCCACAUGGCUGGCUCCGCAUACGAGGGAGAAAACUACUCGUUUCCCGUGCUAGCAUCUUACUCUGCUUACACUCUCUCGAUGAACCUACUCUCCACUCGUUCGUUCAUCGUCGACCAUGCUAAUAUGACCUCCACCGUGAGACAUCUGGGAGUAAGUCAAACAGAGACCUGAGCAUCAAACAUGAAUCGGCCAAAUGUGUCUCAGUGACAACCACGAUUCCU